AUCAGGGUGAAACUUGGUAUAUCUGAGGGGAAGAAGAAGAUGGUUCCCACCCGAUUGGUGGUAUGUGUAUAAUUAUACAUGCAUAUUGAUAUUUUUGGCAAUACAGAACAAGCCAACUGGGUCACACAGAUCUCAUGCAGCAAUAGUUUAGUUGUCGAAUUGCUUUUACAGCAUUGUGUUAGUCUUCCCGUCUGCUGGCCCAGUAUGUUAUCGUGGGUGCGGUGUAAAAAAGCCUAAAAGAACGAACAACCUAGUCGUACAACUGCCUGAUUUUUCAAUUAUCUAUCCUCUAUGGCAUUGUGUGCAUUCCACCAUAAUGUUGUAUUCGUAAAUUCUAAUUAUCUAUGAUGCUGAGCUGUGUAGCCUGAAUAGUGUCCUGUGGCCUGAAUAGAUAGAGGUGUCUCUAACUGCAAGAGGUGUCCGGUUUAAUACACAAGACUGUUGAAAAGCCCUGGUCUAUCAUUCCCCCAGGGGAAGCCAGAUGUGAGUGCGGUUGACAGUGAGCAACCAUACAGGUUCAUUGCCGUUGCGGAGAAUAAGAUGGAUAGAACUUGGCGAUCAUGUGAGCCAGGACCAUCUCGGGCUGUAGCAAAUGAAGAGGCUAGCCACCUUGGGCAACUUCUGUUGUAUAUGCUGGGCGCCCAAGCCAAACGGCUGCAGGUUGUACGCCGUCAGCCGAAAUUGAAAGUCACUCCCCUUCUGGGAUUGUUUAUUGACAACCUUCAGAUGCAGGCUGUAGUUGCCGACGUACUGAGCGUGAACAGCAAGCGUUACACCCUCAACAUCUUCGUUGGUGAAACCAAGAAGACAAUAAGUGAGGGAGUGACAUCCUCACUGCUGUUGCUGCAUCACUUCCUGUCGCAACUUGCCUAAUUAUGGCAUACUUCAAUGGACAUACACAUUCCAUUCGUUUAUG